CUAGCGAAACAUGUUGAAGUAAGUAUGGACAGAGGAAGCUUCAUUUUCAGUAAAUUAUGAGUUUCUGUGACUUUAGGCGGUUACCAGUCUAAUUUUUAGCGGCCUCGUUCUUCAGCCGUUGAAUUAGUUUGCUCUACGAUGUUUUAUUAUCGUAUUAACGUUUAAAUAGGUGGCGAAUUAGAGACAUGCUAACUAGCUGAAGCUACCUGGACUACAGUUUACUUAGAUAGUUAACCCACUACCAUGUUGCCUGACUUAUUGCAAGGCAUUGAUGCUGGAGGGCUUCUCAUAAUACAAGAUUCUGUCAGUUAUUCGGGUCGACACCUCCUGAAGAGCUUCAUCAAUGCUGCACUGAACAGGGAGGAAGCUGUCCAUGUCCUUGGCUUUGACAUCAGUGAGGAAGAGCUGAAAGAUGGUUUGAAAGGAUCACCUACUCAGAGGCUACACUUUCACAAUGCCUACACAGAUCCCCUUGGCUGGACCGAUCACCCAGCUUUCACAGUUCACCAGUUCUGUUUGGAGGAAGUUACACGUCUGGUCAAGCACGCAUCACACCCCAAACCAGCUACCUUAGUGAUCGACUCUCUUUCGUGGAUUCUGAGACACCUCAGUCCCCCUGCUGUCUGCAAGACUCUUCAGCAACUUAGAAAAGGGGGAGCUGUGAGAUCUAUAAUCGGCCUGCUCCACGCAGAUAUGCAUCAGAGGGGCACUGUGGGAAGUGUAUGCCACUUGGCUACUUCAGUCAUCACCGUAGCACCGGGGAUAAAAGGAGACGACGCUGUGGCAAAGAUAACGAAGCGCUCAAAAUCGGGAAAAGUUAUGCAAGAUGAGGAGAUUUUCACCAUCAAAGAUGAUCUCACAGUCACAGUACAAGGCAAACCCAGCCAAUUUGGACCCAAGCAGGCUGACCCUGAGGAGCAGGAGACGGACCCAACAGCCAACUUGACCUUUAACCUUCGACUCUCUGAUACAGAGCGUGAGGCUAAAGAGAAACUUGCACUUCCCUUUGUCUUCAGCAAAGAGAAGAAAACUGCUCUGCUCCACUCAGGCCCAGGUUCAGGACGAAUUCUGUACGAGCCUGAUGCCAAUGAUGACUAUGACCAGGAGGAUCCUGACGAUGAUCUAGAUGUGUAGGGUUCGGGCACAAAGGAUCCGUGUUUCAUGUCCUCCUUGCCUUCAAGACACUGAGCUUGUUUCAGUAGUGCAGAUUAAAAGCCUUAACACCGCAGCUCAUGGAGCUUUGAAGAUGAAAAAUAAUGUCCAGUAUUUCUGUAAGAAGUCCGUAUUAUGUUUAUAAAAUUGUUUUAUUAAAGAGUGUUUCCUAAUAUUAUUUUUCACCUUUUUUAAUCACAUUGAUUAAAUUUAUUUUUAUUUUGUCCAACUGUUAGCCGAUACCACACUCUCUUUUCAAAAAAUAGAAUGUUGUACGCAGGGUUGAAAAUUAGCACCAGCCAAAUGCUGGUAAAAUAUGCAAGUGGCUGCUAGAUUUAUAUCUAUCGGUAGAUUUUGGAAUUCACAAGCCACAGUGGCAGGUGGACAAAAAAGUUAAUUUCCAACCCUGAUUGUUUGUGUAAUGCACCAUCUUAUUUCCACAGACAUCGAACUGACUCUUAGCACAAUGAUUUAUUGCAGUGGUUCCCAACUUGGACGUCAGGGCAAAAUAAAAAUGAGCGGUGUCACAAGAUAAUUAAAGUGAUAAAGGAAAACAUG